UUGCGCUUAUCUGCUCUUAGAAUUUUUCUAUUUUCCUUUUCUGUACUUCUAUUCAAAAGACCUUUUCAGCAUAUUGCCGAAGAUAAGAAACACAUUUUCAAUUCGUAUCUUGGGCAAGUGUUAGCAAAAGCUGCCAAGUUUUCGGCUGAAGUCGACAACGAGUCAUUGAUUACGCAAGUGGAACAGCUUUGCGCGACUGGAACUUACAACUCGGCAGCUAAGAAAGCGCUUUUUGAGUCGUCAAAUAUGCUGCUGGUUGGAGUCCUUCAGGGAGCCGGCAGCUGUUGUACAGCUACCGAGGAGACGUUUCGGAAUCGAUUACACGACAUGACGAUGACGGAAGCGGCCUGCUUCACACCGUCAACUGUCGCCCUUGCGUUGAUCUCGUUUUUGGACGGAGGUUCCAACCGGACAGCGCUUCAAGCAAAGCGACAUGCAAGCUUUGAGAGGUGA